AUGUCGUUCUCAUUUGGGUUCACAGGAAAUGAUCUGGAAGACGAUGAACUUGACGGUUCUAACUCUGUCACCAACAUUGUUACUGAUGCAACAAUUGUUAAUCCGCUAGAUGAACCUCGUCUGCUUGCGGAUGAAACCUUUCAACCAACAUUGGAAAAUCUGCAAUUGAUUCUGGAAUCGCUAUCUGGUGUAAGAUUAACGUUUGAAGAAUUUCAAACACCAUUGACAAAUACAACACUAUACAGAAGAGAGUUAUUCGAUAUCAAACACCAGUUAAUGAGCGAAGAUUUGGAAAAUGAUUCUGCUACAGACAAGACGGAACUAGAAAUACUGAUAGGGGGCACAUCGGAAGAUGUUAGAAAGAAUGUUUAUGAAGGUGGAUUGAAAUCAUGGGAAUGUUCUAUUGAUUUGGUGGAUGCAUUGGUUGAUCUCAAGGCAAGGUAUUGCACUCUAUCGAAUUACGAUACAAUAUUAGAGCUAGGUUGUGGAACAUCGUUGCCUACUGAAUAUAUUUUUAAAAAUCACUUACAAGAGAAUGAAGAUAAAGGUUUGAAUCUAAUUUUAUCAGAUUAUAAUAAGUCUGUAUUGAGAUUAGUUACAGUCCCAAACUUAAUAAUUACGUGGGCGAAAACUGUCUUAGAUACUGUUCAGUGGAAUGACUUGCAAACUAAAUCUAGUCCUGAUAUGCCAGUGAGAGAUGAUGAAUUGAUGCUAACCCCAGAACUAUUAACGCUAUUCCUUUCUGAUUUGAAAAAUAGAAAUAUAACUGUGAACAUCAUAUCCGGUACAUGGAGUAGACGUUUCGACGAGCUGACUAAAUCAGUAAUAUCUCCUAAUGCUAAAAACAUUAUGAUGUUAACUUCAGAAACUAUAUAUCAACCCGAAAAUUUGACAAUUGUUGCAGAGACAAUUAUAGACUUAAAAACGUAUUACCAACAAAAUGCCAUUAAUCUUACAUGUCUACUGGCUGCAAAGGAUAUAUAUUUCGGUGUUGGUGGUAGUAUCGUUGAAUUUGAAAACUAUUUAACAAAACAAAUCGAGUUGCAAAAUCUAAAUAUCGUGCAUAAAACAUUCAAGAUUGACGCUGGCUUAAAAAGAUCUAUAAUGCAUAUAGAAUAG